AUGGCCGACUCGGGCAAUAUCAAAGUCGUGGUGCGAUGUCGUCCCAUGAACACCAGAGAGAAGAACCGGGGCGCUUCCAAUCUUGUCGAAUUCGUUGACCAACACCAGCUCGUGCUCCAACCACCAUCAAAUGAGGCCGACAGCAAGGACAACAGCAAGGCCACCAAGAAGAAGACAAUGCCCUUCUCCUUCGACCGCGCCUAUGACGAAAACACCGAGCAGGACACCCUCUUCCAGUACAUCGGUGUCGAGCUCCUCGAACACGCCUUCAACGGCUUCAACACCUGUGUCUUUGCCUACGGUCAGACCGGCUCCGGCAAGUCCCACUCCAUGGUUGGCUAUGCGGAAGAGAAAGGUCUUAUCCCGCUCACCUGCUCUCGCCUCUUCGACGACAUCCGCGACAAGACUGCCGCCGAUCCCAACCUCAAAAUCACCGUAGAGGUCAGCUACAUUGAGAUUUACAACGAAAAGGUGCGUGAUCUGCUCAACCCCAGGAACAAGGGCAACCUCAAAGUCAGGGAGCACCCGAGCUUGGGUCCCUACGUUGAAGAUCUCAGCAAGCUCGUCGUCAGCAGCUUCCGAGAUGUAGAGAGCCUCCAGGACGAAGGCAACAAGGCCAGAACCGUAGCUGCCACCAACAUGAACGAGACCAGUUCCCGAUCGCACGCCGUCUUUACGCUCGUGCUCACACAGAAGCGAUUCGAUGUCGAGACAAAGCUCGAGGCUGAAAAGGUGUCGCGCAUCUCGCUCGUCGACUUGGCAGGCUCGGAGCGUGCCAACUCCACGGGUGCUACCGGCGCUCGUCUCAAGGAAGGUGCCAACAUCAACCGCUCGCUUACCACACUCGGCAAAGUCAUUGCCGCUCUCGCCGCUGCCAGCUCCGCCGCCGACCCGCCCAAAGGCGCCAAGAAACUCAAAGCCGCCAGCCUCGACAGCUUUGUCCCCUACCGAGACUCAGUCCUCACCUGGCUGCUCAAGGACAGUCUCGGUGGCAACUCCAAAACUGCCAUGAUCGCCGCCAUCUCGCCGGCUGACUACGAGGAGACGCUCAGCACACUACGCUAUGCGGACCAGGCCAAGAAGAUCAAGAACAAAGCCGUCGUCAAUGAAGAUCCCAACGCAAAGCUCAUCCGCGAGCUCAAAGAAGAGCUCGAGCUGCUUCGUACCCGCGUUGCCGGUGGAGGCGGCAUCGAAGGUGAGAGCAGCUGGGACCCAUCAAUACCGCCCGAGAAGCAGGUGGUGCGCUACCAGACAAGGACCGGCGAGAUCAAGACCGUCACCAAGGCUGAACUGCAAGAACAGCUCGAGCAGAGCGAAAAGAUCAUGAGCAGUCUCAACGAAAGCUGGGAAGAGAAGCUCGCAAAGACGCAAGAGAUCCAAAAGCAACGAGAAAAGGCGUUGGAAGAGUUAGGGAUUUCCGUCGACAAGGGCAACGUCGGCGUGCAUACGCCCAAGAAGCUGCCGCAUCUCGUCAAUCUCAACGAGGACCCGCUCAUGUCCGAGUGUCUCAUCUACCAAAUCAAGCCCGGCCAGACGCUUGUCGGCAACCUCGAAAGUGGAGCAGAUGUCCACAUCAAGCUCAGCGGCACCAACAUCCAGGCCAAACACUGCAUGUUCGAACAUCAAGACGGCGUGGUCACCGUCACCGCCAUGGCGGACAGCAUGACUAUGGUCAACGGCAAGCGUCUUACCCCCGACGAGCCCAAGAGGUUGCGAUCCGGUUACAGAGUCAUUCUGGGCGACUUUCACGUCUUCCGCUUCAACCAUCCCGAAGAGGUGCGCAAGGCCAGAGAUCGUGUGCGUUCCACCUUGGCGCUCUCCACGGGCGAGUCGCACAACGAGACGCUCGUCGAUGGCGAUCUGCCUUCCACACGGCCCGACUCGCCUGCCUCGGGUGACGUCGAUUGGACCUAUGCUCGCAGGGAGUACGCUAUGUCCAAGCUCAAUGGACAAAACGUCAAUUUCGACAAUCUCAAUGAGGAGGAUCUCGAGAAGCUCUUUGAGGACAUAUCGCGCGCUCGGUCCAAAAAAUCAAUGGGAAGCGUCUUGGGAAGGCCCGAGAGCAGAGCCAGUCUGUUUGACGACAAUGCCAGCGAGUCGGCCAGCUCUGUGGUCAGGCCGUAUUCAUACGGUGCCAUGACCGACGAUACGAGCAUCGAUCCGUGGAGCCAGGCCGGCAGCGAGAUGGGUUCCAUGCGGUUUGGUGCGGGCACGCCGUUGAAGGAAAAUGCGUACAGCAAUGCCGGUGCUGCCUCUCCGGCUGUAGUAGCCAGUCAUCGAGAGACCGAAUCGUUGCGGGCAAAGGUGCGCGAGUACGAGGAAAAGAUCACGCGAAUGACCACCGGCUCUCCAGGUAUCGGCUCGCCGAGACUGGGCGAUGGGCCGGUCGAGUACAGCGACUCGCUCAAGGUGCUGCUACGCAAAGCGCUUGCCAAGUGGAAAGGCCAUACCAAGGUGUCGAUGGCGGAAGACGCGCUGUCCAAAGCGGUGCUCGUCAAAGAGGCCAACGUGAUCAGCAAGGAACUCGACAAGCGCGUCACGUAUCAAUAUACGGUGGUCGACGAGUUCCCCCUCGCUGUCCCUACCUCGGGUGUCGAAGCCAUCGCUGGGCUGACCGAAUUCGACGACGUUUCGGACCCUGAUCUGGCUUCAUGUGCAAAGCCGUGCAUGGGUAUCAAGGUACUUGACUAUGUGCACUCGACGUGCUACGUCUGGUCGAUGCCCAAAUUUGAACAGCGUCUGCAAAAGAUGCGCAACCUGUACACAUUUGUCGACAAGCCCGAGUACUCGCGCCAUUUCAACUGGUCCGAUCCAUUCUACGAGGCGCCGCAUCCGACCUACGCCUUCGUCGCAAGCACGCUGGUCCCGCUGCAUCCGCUGUCCAGGCAGAUGUCGACCAAGUACAGACUGCCGUUGCACGAUCGGCAUACAGCACAACAGAUUGGUUCUUGCUCCGUGUCGCUCAAGUUUGUCAGUCUGGCGCCGGUACCCGUGAACGGUAGGGGUGGUGCGAGUCUGUCGGCGCCCAGCGGGUCCAGCUCGCGUAGGCCCAGCUCGCCCACGCCUUCCUCUUCCACUAAUGGAAACGGCAGCGCGACAGAUUUGCCAGUGGGCCAAAAAUUGGGCUUUCAGAUCUUGGUUGAUUCGAUCUCAGGCAUCUCGAGAGAAGAUUUUGCCAGCAUUCACUUGCAAGUCAAGCUCAGCUCGUUUGCGGGCAACGAGCUCGGGAAGGACGAAAUCUACACGUCGGUGCCCGUGGAUCUGCUCAGCGAAGACUCGGUGACCGAGGUGCGCUUGCGCAGAACCAUGUCGUUUGUGCUGACGCCCGAAUCGAUUCAGUGGCUGCGCACCGGCUUGGCGCCGAUCGAGCUGUACGCGAAAGUGACACGGCAGUAUCUUGUGGCGCUGGAGGAGCACGACAAUGCGAGGGAGAGUGACGGUCAGCAGGCGUCUGGAUUUGCGCCGCUGCAUGCGAUCAAUGGGUCGGAGGAAGGAGUGGUUGGCUCUGGCUCUACGCGUGGGGAGCACCCGACCAUGUCAAAUACGAUAAAGGAGCGAUUGUCGGAGAACGAGAUGCGCGGCGAGGAGCGACAUCAUAUUCUGGCGUCGGUGCAGAUCUGCGAACUCGACGCUUCGGGCGAGUACAUGCCUGUACCCGUGCGAGCUCAGUCUGCGCUCGAUCCGGGCUCUUUCUUCCUUAGGCAAGGCUUGCAGCGCAAACUAGUGGUGCAGCUGGCGCACGAUUCAGGACGACAAUUUUUGUGGAGCACAGUGACCAAGUUGGAGCUCGGCGAUGUCCGACUGCUGGACGCGCGAGGCAGACUUCACGGUGGUAAAGCGUCGGAUACGGUUCAGCUCAAGGUGCCGGCCAAGCAGCAGACGCUCGAUUUCCGCAACAACGGUACGAGCGAGUUGGGCCUCUGGGCUUGGUGGGACAGCAGCGUGCACGAUAGUCUGCACCUCAACCGCACCACGGCGAGCGGACACCGCGUGCUGAUGCGCUUGACGUUCCAGGUCGAAGUGGACCGAUGUGCUGCGCCAGUCAGCUUUUCGAUGGAUCUGGCUGUGUCGAUCAACGCACGCGAUGCGAAACCCCCGGGAAGGCUGAUGAGCUUCAUCGAGUCUGCAACGAGCGGGGCGCGGACGCUGACCAAGACGAGCGCGAUCUUCAGCGUCAAGCUCGUGCCGCCCAUGACGAAGAAGACGGCGGACCUGUGGAGGUUGGAUACGGCCAAGAAGUAUGUGCGCGGCCAGGAGGCGCUCAAGGGGUGGAAGGCGAGGGGGGUGAGUCUGGUGCAGGACCACGAAGCGUUGGUUCGCAAGGAGGCCAAGCUGGCCGAGGUAGAAGGGGUGAGGGCGGUGCUGAAGGCGAGUCCUGUGCUUGCAGGAGGGAACGGACAUGUGCAGGUGCAGGGGAGGGAGGAGAGGGAGCUAUUGGAGAGGACGGUGGGGAUGUGGCAGCGUGCGGUGAGAGAUGCCAAGAUGCAAGUGGUGAUUGGUGGGCAGCCUGACAGUGGAGGAGGGGAAGGAAAAGCCAACGGGCUCGCUGCGAUGUUCUCCCCCUCCGCUGCGUCCGAUGUCGAUGCCGGUGACGCUAGCGGGCUAGGUCUGGAAAGCGCCUCCCUCUCCACGCCGACCAAACUCGACCGCACCACCUCCUCACUCAGCCAGCACAGCUCCCUUGCCCCGUCCCUGGCCCCGACCGCACCCAAACUCACCGCACAAGUCACGCUCGUCGCGCGCUCCGACAACGCCACGCGCCGCGGCUGGCUCUCGAUGCCGGUCGAAGCAUUCACCGACUCGUGGGUGCGUCGGUGGUUCGCACUCCGCCGCCCCUUCCUGUUCGUCUACGAGAGCCAGGCGGAGACAGACGCGCUGAUGGUCAUCAACGUCGAUUCGGUACGCGUGGAGCACGACGAAAACAUCGAGAGGAUGCUCGGGCGCGAGUGCGUGUUUGGCGUGUAUACCGCGAGCAACUCGUACUUUCUGCAGGCGGACGGGAGCGCCGAGAUGGAGAUGUGGAUGGCUGCGUUAGACUCGCUCUAUGCGGGUGCGGGGCAGGGGUGA